AUGCUAUGUGCGGCGUCGACGACAUGCUCUCGUCGACGCGUCUUACAGAUCUUGUCUCUACAACAAAAUGCGGUCCGCUGCUAUAGUGCGUCGCUGUCCGACACGCCCGACUCGCCAACGAGGGCGAUCCUACACUUACCCAACGCCUCCGUAUUUGAGCGUGGCCAUCCUAUAACGGCCGAGCCGGUCCUGCGCGACGUAUCCUGGACUAUCCAGCCCGGCGAAGCCUGGGCGAUACUCAGCGCAGGCCACGGCAGCAGUAAGCGCACCUUGUUUCAUGCCCUCCUCGGUCAGCGCCGCAUACACCCCUUCCCCCGGCACGGCCUCUUCCCCUUCCUCGGACAGCGCGAUCCCGCACAUCAUGUUCGAUUAGUGAGCUUUAGCCGUGAGACGGCAGGCGGCGCGUUCUUCGAUUACACCGCGCGUUACGGCGCGGUACGCGACGAGGAUAGACUCACCUUGAGAGAGGUAUAUUUCCCCGAGUCGGCGAGACCUCUCCAUGAGCUCGCCAUGCCUGAGCUACACCAUCCGGAGACAAAAAUAGGCUCCCAGGAGUCUCCCGCACAGGCCUUGGAAAAGCUGAAACGCUUCGAGGAGCUCGUGGAUGCGCUCAGAUUGCAGCCACUGCUUGAUCUUCCGGUGAUUGCCCUGAGCAACGGGCAGACACGCAGGGCACGGAUCGCGAAGGCGCUCCUGCAGCAGCCAUUGGUCUUGCUUCUGGAUGAACCUAUGACCGGUCUGGAUGUCGAAGCACGUGCGCUGAUGCUGGAGUUCCUGCGCUCUCAGCAUACCUCUGCAGACCCGAAGUCGCCGCAUAUUGUCCUUGGAAUGCGACCCAAGGAUCCCCUGCCGGCGUGGAUCACUCAUGUCGCCCUCGUUACCCCAGAGCGUGGCGUCUUGGCAGGUCCGAAGGAAGAACUUGCCUCGAAGAUCGAUGAUCUGUAUCACCAAGGCGGCGCGGGCACCUCCGCAAACAUUGAUGGGCGCAGUGUCCGACAACUAGGACACGAGCUUGUUCGCAUGUCGGGCCUGAACGUCAAGUACGGCAACAAGCACGUGCUGAAGGACAUCGACUGGACAGUCCAGCAGAACUCCCGGUGGCAGCUAAUGGGUGCGAACGGCGCAGGAAAGACGACGCUGCUCGCCAUGCUCACGGGCGAGCACCCGCAGUCGUUCGCGCAGUCAGCACAGCUGCAGCUCUUCGGCAAACCGCGCGCAGGCUGGCCGGCGGCCCAGCUCAACGCACGCAUAGGCCGUGUGUCCCCGGAACUGGCGAGCGCGUUCCCGAGGAGGCACGGGAUGACGGUCUGGGACGUGGUCGGCACCGGCUUCACGGGCGAGUUCGUGCCCCGGGGAAAGCUGCGCGUCGGAUUUGACGUCGAGACGGGCUCCGCGCUGGAGCCGGGCAGCGCGAAGGAGUGGUGGCGCGUCGAGCGGAUGUGGCAGGUGCUCGAGGGACUCGGGCCGCGCGCGUGGGCGGGCAGGACCGCGGACGGCAGCUACGAGGCGGCCGAGGACACGGCCUUCGCGCAGCGGCAGUUCCUCGACCUGGGCCCGGGCGAGCAGGCGAUCGUGCUCCUGAUGCGUGCGCUGGUGGGCCGGCCGCCGCUCGUGCUUCUGGACGAAGUGUGGGCCGGUAUGGACGAGGGGAUGAUCCAGGCCGUGUGGCGGUACCUCGCUGACGGUGCUGGAGGCCUGUUGGAGACGCAGGCGUGCGUCGUGAUCAGCCAUUGGGAGGACGAAGUCCCAUGGGGCCGUGCAGACGGCGUGAGGAGGUUCCUUCUGAAGGAUGGGGCGGGAUGCGAGGUGGAGUGACUGGAAGAGGGAAGCAUCAGCGCACCUUGCGACACUCACAGGCGCAUAUGUCGAGCGAAUUUAGCAAAAUAUGGCGAGGUCACCUAGCUAACACCUGAGGACCUUCCGUAUGAUGUACAGCGCAUAUAAGCAUUCCUCGGAGGCGCAUUGCGCGUUUAGCCUUUAAAUUGGUGGCGGCGAUUGCAAAGUUUUAAGUAAGGCAUAUAUAUAUAUUAUGCUGUUAGCCCUGUUA